AUGACCCAGAGCGUCCAGCCCUCCGUGGGGCAGCCCUCGCCGGAAUCCUACUCCCUCGAAGCGCCCGACGGUCGCAUCGCGCACACCCUGACGGCCUGCACGAGGUGUCGACAGCGGAAAUCUCGAUGCGAUCCCGGAAUCCCUCGGUGUGCGCCCUGUGAACGAAGCAACGCCAAAUGUGUAUACUACGACUCGACCCGCGACACCACCAUUCCACGCACCUAUAUUGUAUCAUUACGGGACAAAGCUCGUGCUCUUGAAAAGGAGCUGGCCAAGGCCGAAAAGGAAAUCCAGCACACGGCCGAUGCAGAGUUGAUGGUGCGGGGCGCUGGGCGCAUCCGCUUCUCAGACAAUGACGAGCCGCGCUAUCUGGGCGCCUCCAGCGGCAUUGCCAUGACCCGCCUGGUCAUGGAGAUCGCCAAGCAGAACACCGAUUCGAAAAGCAUCAAAGAUGUCGUCCCCGAAUUGACCGCCCACGAAAUCAAAGCCGCCUUUGUGCAGGAGGAUUCGAAACCCACCUCCAAAGUGUAUCCCAUGAUCAGCUCGAUCCCGCAGGAUAGCCUCCCCCCACGAAACCUGACGUACAAAUUGAUCGAUCUUUUCGUCGCAAAAGCACAAGCACUCCUCCCAACUUUACACAUACCAAGUUUCCGACAAGAAGCCGAAGAGGUCUUCAAUGGCUCCACCGAUUCCUGUCACAACUUCCAACUGCGAAUGGUCAUUGCAAUCAGCAUGCAGAAACUGAGCCCGGACUAUGCUGGCCUAGCCGAUAGCUAUUACUUGGCGGCUUUACCUUUCUUGGAGCCGACCCUGAAGCACAUGGACUUGCGAGCGCUGCAGUGCCUGGUACUGAUUGCUCAAUAUUCGAUGCUGACUCCAACACGGACAGCUUCAUUUUGGGUGGUCGGUACCGCAGUGAGAAUGUGCCAGGAACUGGGCUUAUGUGAAGAAGCCACCAUUGCGCAAUCAUCCAACGGCCAGCCCCUCAAUCCAUUGGAGAUUGAUAUGCGACGACGGCUCUUCUGGAUUGUCACCUCCAUGGAAUUUGGCCUUUCCCAUAGCUUGGGCCGUACCAGCUCCUAUAGUGUCACCCACGACAACGUGAACGUCAAGUUCUUUGAGUUGGUGGACGAUCGGUACAUCACGGCGGAAGGCAUCAACCCCGACGCAAAGCCCGUCCUCGCCAAAUGUAUUGCGAUUCAUUUCUUAAAGAUGCGACUCCUCCAAUUGGAGGUGCGACGUACACUUUACUUGAACCGAUGCGAGACCCCAACGGACGAUCAACAUCCUUGGUUUGCCCAGAUGUUGGGUAAGAUCGACCGCUGGGUGGCGACUUGCCCCAAGAAUGACGACGGCAGUGGCUUGAACGUGAAAUGGUUCCAAGGCCGACGAAACACGAUAGUCAUUCUUAUGUACCGACCAUCGCCUCAAAUCCCCGAGCCCUCGGUCCACGCGGCGAAGAUUUGCUAUGAAGCAGCGACCUUUAACAUCGCCAUGCACCAGGAGCAGACCAUUACCGGAUCUGUGGACUUGACUUGGAUCUUCACCCAAUCUCUCUUCAUGGUGUUCAACACUGUUCUCUGGACUCUUUCGUAUCCUGAGAUUCGAAAAGAGCAUCCGAUCGAGGAGGUCCAAUCUCAUCUGGAUAUGGCUUUGGAGGUCAUAGUAUUCGCAGCUGAACGGUGGCCUGGUGUUCAAUCUGCCCUGAUCCUUUACAAGCGCCUCGUUGCGGCCUGUUUGAAGGCGUACAGUACCGAGGAGUCAUUUGUGGUUCAGUCACCCUCCAACCAUCCCACUCCCACUUCGUCUCAGGGCGUCACCACUCCUCCAGCCAUGUCAAGUCCGUCCACGAGUACAACGGCCUCUUUCUACUCUCACAAUUACCGUGGUGGUAACCCCUCGAUUGGUGAUAGUGCCUCGGCUGGUACUUUCUCACGAGGCCCUUCUGCCGACCCAACCGGCCCCCUCUCCCAGGUCUCUCAAGUGUCCACACCUUCGGCGUUUGCUCCGGACCCGCUGAAAACAAGUGGAAUUUCUCCCGUCACCCCAGUAUUUGGUAUACAACCUACGGCUGCAGCUCCAGCCACCGCACCCCAGUAUACAUCACCCGCAUACUGUGCCCCGUCCAAUCUCUUCUCCGAUGUUUCCAUUGACCCCAACACUCCUUACAACGCGAUGCCCUCUGUGGUCCCAGGCCUUCAGGGCUGGGAUCCGCACUUCUCACUUGCUUCUACCACUGCCAGUCACCUGGCAUACGUCGAUGCUAUUGUGGACCCGAUGCAGUGGACAUCCUCUAUCGGUGACCAGUACUCUCAAUACUUCAACGAGCCUUUCCCAGUACCUCCGUGGCGGGAACGUACCCUCAGUCAGCAGGAACAGAUUGAGCUUCUGGCGUCUCUGGAGCAGAACAUCCCUGACGUAUCUGCACAAUUGGUUCGUGAAUCGAAUGCUUGGUAUCAGUCGUGA